AUGGCGCAGAAAGCAGCCAAGACCCUUGCCGCCCGCAAUGCCUCCCUCCUCUUGCGCACGCACAUAAUCACCCUCUGUCUGCAUUCCAUCUUCUUGCUCCUGCACUGGACCUUCAACCGUCCACGCUCGUUAAAGCCGUACUUCUUCCUUGCAUGUCCAACACUCGCCAUCGAAUUCUAUCUUGAACGACUGGGCCGUCCAAGCUACAACCCUGCCGACGGUUCCCUACGGUCUCCCGGAGAGGACCUCGGAGCUUCCGGUCUGACGGAGUACAUGUGGGAUAUCCUCUACUGGACCUGGGGCUGUAUGGGGGCGGUUUGUCUAUUUGGAGAUCGCGCCUGGUGGCUGUGGAUCGUCAUUCCCGUAUAUUCUGUUUGGUUGGCCUAUACCACCUUCACCGGGAUGAAGAGCGGGUUGGCCGGAAUGGGUGGAGCGGACACACCCGUCGCAGAAAGUAAGAGACAGAAGAAGAUGGAGAAGCGUGGAGGACAACGCAUGCAGUACCGGUGA